CGGCAUCUUCGAUCUUGUAUCGCUACAUAUUAGUAAUCUCGGGCUUUUAAAAACUUUUUCUGGAUUUUCUCACCGUGGUACAUAUAUAAAUGGAGACAUCCGGUGAAGACGUCAAGCUGCCUCGUUUGGGGACGGUGAAAGCUCCGCGGAGUCAGACUCGUCUCGGCGAUAGCCUUGCUUAGGUAGUGGCUUGUCGCUCUAAGCCAAGCACCCUAAAGCCUCAAGCUUGGUUGGAGUCGUCUGGGGUUUUCAAGACAUGCCUUCAAAAAAAGGCAAAGUCGACAAUUUCUACUUUUCGCGGGUAUACCACAUCGGAAAAGGGAAAUGGAUUCGGGAUCAUUAUCCCGAACGUGGAGUAUACCAAGACUUGUUGUCUGUCUAGGUCACUACUUAGGUAGUCCUCAAGGCGGGGUUAAAGAGAACCAUCACCUAUAAGCCUGUCGUUAAGGAAAUGAUCUGAACUAUUAUAAGACAGCAUGUCUCGCAUCUACGUGAAACGUCCAUAAUUGACGGGCCUCAAUUGGUUCACUGCCUUUCUAACCGGGUCAAAGGAGAAACAAAGAUGCAACCGUUUCACUAUUUGGUGUACGCCUUAGCUCUCCUCCAGCUAGGUGGAGUGUCAGCAGAGAACUCAACUUUUCAAAACCCGAUAAUCAGUGGAUUCCACCCGGAUCCGAGCUGUAUUUUCGUGCCCGAGUUCGAUAGUACAUGGUUCUGCGUGUCAUCAAGCUUCCUCGCCUUUCCGGGUCUGCCCAUCCAUGCUAGCAAGGACCUGAUCCACUGGAAACAUGUUUCCAACGCCUUCAGCCGCGCGGAUCAGCUCCCGGGCAUGGCUUUCCUGCCGAAAGCGACAAGCGGCAUCUAUGCGCCAACACUCCGUUUUCGCGAGGGUAUCUUCUACCUUACGACCACGUUAGUGAACCAGCAGCUCCCACGCGUCAACGAUUCACGAUGGGACAACUUCCUCCUAACGACCGAGGACCCCUAUACGUCUGACGCAUGGUCCGACCCGGUGCAUUUCUCUUUCCCAGGGUUCGACCCAAGUCCCUUCUGGGACGAGGAUGGCAAGACGUACGUCUCCGGCGCUCACACCGCAGCUUACUACCCAGGAAUCAUGCACGCGCCGCUCGACCUAGAAACAGGUGAAAUCGGCGAGAUCAUCAUGCCCUGGAACGGGACAGGCGGUGCAUCACCAGAAGCGCCGCACAUCUUUAAGCGCGAUGGGUGGUACUACCUGCUCCUCGCCGAAGGCGGGACACGUGAGCACCACAUGGUAACCAUGGCGCGAUCACGCAGUCUCCAAGGGCCGUACGAGCCAGCACCCAAUAACCCCCUGUUAACCGCCGCCAGCGACACUUCAUCCUACUUCCAAGCCGUAGGCCACGCCGACCUGUUCCAAGACGCAAACGGAAAUUGGUGGGGUGUCGCACUCGCAGUCCGCGCGGGCGGAUCCUACGGUGAAGCGCCGUAUUCCGCGAACUUCCCCAUCGGGCGAGAAACCGUUCUGACGCCAGUAACCUGGGACGAAGGCGGGUGGCCGAUAUUUACGCCUAUUUCAGGUACCAUGUCCGGCUGGCCCCUCCCCGAAACCGCCGUACCUUCACAAGGCGAAGGGCAACUCAGCGACGCCGAUGAUAACAUUACCUUCGCGCCAGGAACCCAACUCCCAAUCCACUUCAUCCACUGGCGUCUCCCGAAAUUGCGGAAUUAUGUCGUGUCCCCACCAGGCCACUGGAACACCCUCGCUCUCAAGUCCUCCGUUCUUAACCUCACCGGUUUUGAUGGGGACUUUGCGCUUGGUCGCGGCCAGACGUUUGUCGGACGGCGGAUGGCCCACUCGCUCUUCCGGUUUCGGAUUGAUGUUGAUUGGGCGAAUUCGUUGAUGAAGGAGGAGAUGGAGGUCGGUGUUUCGGUGAUUCAGGACCAGGCGCAGCAUUUUGAUCUUGGUGUUGUUAUGCUUAAGUCUACUGCGCAAGGGAGUAGUGGAGAGGUGAAGCCGUAUUUGCGGUUUAGAGGACACUCCGAGACGCCGUAUCAUGGGCUUCUAGGCGCGCCGAGCGAGGUUUACGAGUUACCGGAAGAUUGGGCUGGGCGUAAAUUGACGUUGCAGAUUGAAGCUGUGAAUAGCACGCACUUUGCAUUCUCAGCUGGUCCGGCUGGUGACGAAGGUGAGCUACGUGUUUUUGGGUAUUGUCGGGGUGAUGAGUUGGUGCCGUACUACUCAGGUGUUGUUCUCGGAGUCUACGCAACUACAAACGGGAAAUAUGGCGAAAAUGCAUUUGAGACUUACGUGUCGAAUUGGCGAUACACAGGUCUAAAACAAUUUACAUCACAAGAAGAUGUUGAUGGCUCAGAUAGAGGUUGAUAGGCAUUCGAUGUAU